AUGCUGCGCUCCGUCAUCCUCUCGCUUGUGGCCGCGACCGCCACGUAUGCCCGCCACGGCAUCUACCACGAAUACGUCCACCCGAUGGCGGGCGGUAACUCUGGUAUCUUUCACGUUCCUGCGAGCACGGCAGUCACGACGUACCGCGCCACAUACCUCAAGGCCGUCACCGCCUGCCUCGACCAGACCCAAGACGACAUCAUUGGCUCUUUCGUCAAGGCCGUGCCCACG